CACUCACUCACUGUACAACCAGGGACUCCACGUGCUUUAAUUCUCCACGGGGUCAUGUAUAAAUAGCUGGGACGCCUCUCACCAUGACCCGCGCGUCCUCACUAGCAACUGUUCUUGUAAUAACUACCUGCCUAUCCACAGGAAGAUGUCAGAACGGGAACCUGGACCGAUGUCCGACACAACUCAACAGAGGAGCGUACUUAAAGGCGUUCCGAGACAAGUGUUACGACUUCGUCACCUACGACGACAGAACGUGGAACACGGCGAAGAUGUCGUGUGAAGGUCAAGGAGGGUCCCUCGCGAUCAUCACUGACCAAUCAACGCAAGACUUCAUUCUCGCCGCCAUUAAAAAUGUGGGCUACACCGAGAAGGGGAUGUGGAUCGGCUUGACCGAUUCCGAGAACGAGGGGAGUUGGAAGUGGGUCAAAGCCAGCACAACGUCCUACAGCAACUGGGAACGCGACCAUGGAGGAAUACUGGGUUUUGCGGAGGAUUGUGCUCUGCUUCGAUCCGUCGAUGGAAAAUGGAUAGAACUGCCAUGCGGCGUUUUCUGGGACACUUACGGCUUUAUUUGUGAAUACGAUAUGAUGUCGACAACAUCCAGUCUUCCGGUGAUGCCGACAGUGUGAACCGUAAUAUCUAACUCCUGUUAGAGGCUAUAAAAAAGUAUUACUUUUGCCUCCGUGUACAGGUGAUAAAUAAACUUUGAAGAUGAAAA